GCGUAUUGCAAGUUUUCGAAUUUGAUUUGUCACUCCUAUGAUAGGUCGAGAGUAGUUUUCAAGUCCUGCCAGAUAAAACCAAUGCGUGGUGAAGACAGUUACAUGAAGGUGCAUGCACAGCUGAAGGUGGUGGCACGGGAAGUAAAUGUUACCAUACGUCUAUUUAAACGUGCAAAUGGUUGGAAACCUUUUCUGUAUAAUGUCAAUUUUGAUGCCUGUAAGUUCUUGAAAAAUCCCAAAUCGAAUCCAGUUGCCGAAUUUUUCUAUAACGUAAUGAAGGAGUACAGCAACACGAAUCAUACAUGUCCCUACGAUCACGAUUUAAUUUUGGAUAAAUUUCGCCUCAGCCAAAACUUGGUGAAGUUACCCUUCCCGAUUGGAGAAUAUGCUGUGGAUACAGUUUGGUAUGGAAACGGUGAGUUAUGGGCCCGUAUAAAUGGCUCCUGCAAAAGUGCAUGGAACGCAUAUGCCAACUAAAAUUCGAGAAAUCGUUAAA